AUGCAGUGUGAGGUAUUAAGGCAACUACGAGAGGAAAUUGAUGCUGUGUUUGAUGCCCAGCAAAAAUUCAAGAUCAAAAGAGAAGUGAUACAACCCGAUUCAACACCUUUAACAUCAAAAUGGGCUAAAGUGACAUCACUUUUGGCAUCUGUAGAUGAUUCAAUACUGGAAAAAACAAGUGCUGGACGUAUCUCACAAGCUUUACGAUCUUAUAGAAGCCACAUUAAAGAUCCAACGCGGUUAGAAUUUAGAGAUAAAGAAACUAAUUUGGUUUUGCAUCGUGUUAUGGACGAAUGGCGUCGUAUUGUGAACGAAGAGAUUGGUAUUGAAGAACGAGUUAAUCGCGCACGACGAUGGCAAGAUCAACGUGUGUUGAACAUGAUUUUAAUUGCUUGGCGACAGCAAGUUAUUCAUGAUUUGAUUUCUAAAACAGCAACGAAUGCUUUAAAAAAGAAAACAUUUGUAUCGAAGCUGCAAGUAAUGUGGGUCAGGUGGAAUUUAGCACUACGUCAAGCGAUAAAAAGAAAGAAUUUUUAUCGGAAAAGACAAGCGAAGGUAUGCUAUGAAGUGUUUCAUUCGUGGACAAAAAUGACGACUAGAUGUACGAAACUUAGAAUUUACAACGAAAAAUCUAUUCGGCUUCUUGUUGGCCGAUAUUGGAAAUAUUUUAGGGCAGCGAUUGCGACGGCACGCUUUGUACGGCUUGGAAUUCAUAGUUUCACAAAACAGCAAAUUGUGAAACAAAAAGUGGUUUAUUUUCAACGUUGGAUUGAAUGUCUUGAGACGCAGAAACGAUGGCAAUUUGCUGCUCGAUGGAGUGAACGAACAAGCCUAUGCUAUGCUUUCGACAAUUGGAAAAACUUAAUUUACGACAUUAAAGAGAUGCGUUGUAUGUUGCAAAGUGCCACUCGACGCCAACGUCGCUUGAAAAUGCGCUACAUGCUUCAUAUCUGGAAUUUGUUUACACAAAACUCGCGUAGCCAAAAGCAACGUCUUGCUGUCGUUUUAUACGCGCUGCAUCGUCGAAGAGCGUUUAGAAUUUUAAAGAUGCAGACAUAUUGUGAUCGCAAGAAGGAGACCAAACUUCACAGCUGGAUGACUCGACGAGCGUUAUGGACGUGGCAUCUUCGAUCCCAUCGAGACCGAAAUUUACGACUUCGAGUUAAAUUUUUGAAAGAAAAAAAUGAGCAUUUGAUGCUCCGGGCUACAAUUUGGCGUAUGUGGCGCAAUAAUUACCAUUGCUCUGUCGUGCUGCGAAAUUUAAUAGCAAAACAACGAGUCAAAAGACAACGAGAAUGCUGGUUGGCAUUCAAUCUUCUAGUUAUGGAACUAAAACAAAGGCGAGUCUUGAUUGCGUCAUUGUUAAAUACACGUGAAGAGCGUCGGAUACGGUUUGCCAUCGACUCAUGGCAGAAUCAUAUCAAGAUUUCCCGUAAGGAGAAGAUGACAGUGGCUUUAUGUGCUGGCUUUAGAAAGCGUAAACUUUUUGACAAGGCAUUCAAAAACUGGAAAAUUGCGAUAUAUUAUGCAUUGAAGAAGAACUCAAUGAAUGAUACGGCAGUUAAACACCUAUCAGUCAAAUUGGUUCAACAUUGGGCAAAAUGGGCGUUUUCGAGCAGACGAGAACUUGGAAAACGGAUUUCCCUCUUACGAGAACACAGUCGACAAAGACAAAUGCGGUAUAGUGUUGCUCAGUGGAAGGAGGUAGUGUAUAAUCGACAAAUACAACUUCGUCGAAAGUGGUUUAAUAUGUGGAAAAGGAUGGUUGACAUGCAGCAACGACAAAGCCUGUUAAAGGAAUUGCACUACUUACUACAACUUCGAUGGCGUUGGCAGCAUUGGAAAAUCUUCGUUUCACUGUGUCAGGAACUACGUUUAAAAGCUAUUCAGGCUCGAAAAUUACAUGAGAAGCGUUUGAUAUCUGAUUUAUUUGUGAUGAUUUGGCUGUGCAAAACUAGAAGAUACUUUCUAGGAGCUUCGAAAUUGGCUGUAUUAGCUAAUAAACACGUGAUCGUGGGCGUAUUCACCCAAUGGAGGCAGCGUCGGCAGCGAUCAAAGGCAAAGAAGAUUGCAUACGGGUUUCAUCGCCAACAGCUACAAAGUCAGUAUUUUCAGCUUCUUUUUGCACUAACUGUAGGCUACAGACGCAAGGCCGUAGCUUACAACAGGCGUCAGCGUCUUUUGCAGUCGUUAGAUGGCUGGACGAACCAUUCUGCGACGAAAAAGCGACGACGAGAGGCGGAAAUAUACUUUUGUCGGCGUACGAUGCGACAGGCUGUUCACUUAAUGUUUUCAAGUGCUGGUCGCUCUAUCAUGCAUCAAAAGCAACGCCUUGAGGCGGAAGCUUGGUAUGAAGAAGUGUUGCUGCAACAUGUCUUGUCGAAAUGGUCUUUAGUUGUGCAUCAGAGGAUUACAAGUCGGUCAAUAAGAAGACGUGUUGAAUGGAAUGUAGUUGGUGGCCAUGUAUUCCGUAAAUGGCGUGAAAAUUGUGUUGAAAAGCAAAAGUUAUUGAAAGCUGCCGCAUUUUACUCGACUAGGUUAGUAGCACGUUCGUGGCGUGCAAUAAUACGCGUCACGAAACGACGUCAACUAGCGUUGGUUAUGUGGCACUACACUAUGACAUGCGUUCGCUUGCAAUUUGGUUUUGACCAUUGGAAACAUGUUGUCAAGAUUCGACGUGGUCAAGAAGCUAUUGCUGCUAGUCUGUAUCGGAUGCAAGAGCAACAAAUCGUGGAGCGACAUUUUACCGCUUGGAAACAAUUAUUCACUGGUUGCAACAUGGCACGUCGACAAUUACAACGAGAGUUGCUUCGAUGGCGACGCCUUUGCUGGCAUCGAUGGAAAGUGUGGCGUAUUUUCUGUCGAUGGCAGCGCUUUUGGCAGCUGAAAGUAUUGAAUGCCGCAUUUUCCCUUGGACUUAAACGCUAUGCUCUUCAGCAACAAAUAUAUCGAGAGAUAGCCAGACAUACAACCCGAAGUUUAUUGCAUCGGUCUCUUACGCGGUGGCGUCUUGAACGGUGGUUGCUUUACAGUGAACAAAAGCUAAAUAACGACGCGAAACGAAUCGUUAUGACUCGCUGGAAGACAUUCGUGGUUGCCUGUCGUCAGAAAAGGCGGUGGAAUCACUUUCGGCAGCAACUGCAUCGCGCAUAUGCCAAGACUACGAAGAAAAACCAUCAACGAUCGAGUUCCACUUUUCGUGAUUCGAGAGUGUUGCAAGCGCAGCUUAAGAAAAUGCGUGUCUUGAUGACUCACGUAUUCCAUGCGUGGUGCCUCGUAACUCAUAGCCAACGUCGAAAUGUCAUUUUUAAUUCAAGGUCGAUGAGAUUACACUCAAUCCGCCCAGUGUCGAGCGCAACAAGACUAGCAUUAGAAUUCUGGGCUCAUUGUGUGGUGGCCAAAUACUUUGGCGCUUGGAAAAGCGGUGUAACGGCAAACAAGCGUAUAACUUUUAGUGUUCGUUGCGUUGGUGGUUAA